UCUCGACAUUGUACCUACAUAUUACAAUAGAGUGCCUAGAUAUUUCUACACCUCUGCCUACCUACAUUUUGGAUACAACAUUGCCUUCGCCCUACUCGAAUUCCAAACUGCUGAAAUGUCCGAGAGCGCGCCCCAACAACAGGCACCUCGUAUAGCCAUCAAGUUCGGGGCUUCAUCCUCUGUAGCACCCAAACCUUCGAGUACUGCUGCAAUUAGACGCGGACAAGCACAGCUUUCUUCCACUCUGGGCAAGCGUCAACGACCCAAUGCGUUGCACCACGAGUCAGAUUCGGGUGAUGAGGAUGAUAUCUUGGGCAAACUUGAAGCUGUCACAACAUUCAACGCUGAUACCUCGUCGAGAAGUAGCGAUGUGCAUUCAGACAAAAGGAAAAAAGACGAAUAUGUAAUUAGGAGCCAGAAGAACCGAGACUGGAAAGCCGAGAUGAAAUCCAUAAGAAAAAACCCUCCUACUAUCCAAUCCUUAUCUACGGAGAAUCAUAGUCUGGAGAUAGCACCAGCUGACCAGGAUAAGGAUGUCAAAUGGGGAUUGAACAUUACCAAACAGUCAGUGAAGGAGUCCCUAGAGGAUUCCUCAACUGCAGAGAAGGCGCCCGAGGAACAAGUGAAAAGUUCAUCAAAUAAACCACCAAUACUAACGGAAUCCCCAGAGGAUGCUGAGAAAGAUGCGAUGGAUGCUCUGCUAGGAAAGCGAAAGCCCACACGAAAUCUUGUCAUCAAUGACUCCGCCACCAAUAGUAGGCCUCAGUUCUCUGAACAAGAUGCAUAUCAAAAAAGAAUUAUGGAGGCAGCAGAAGUCUCCACAAUAGAAGAAUAUAGCGAGAUCCCCGAAGGAGAGUUUGGCGCCGCAAUGCUACGAGGCAUGGGAUGGAAAGGAGAAGAGUUCGGCUCCAAGCCCAAGGAAGUCCAACGACGGCCACAUCUGAUGGGCCUUGGCUCCAAGGAAGAUGAGGAAAUCAAGAAGGCAGAGCUGGCUAAACGUCAUGGGCAUCGUGAACGACGACCACGGCUUGACGAGUACAAGCGAGCAAGGGAGAAGGAGAAGCAAGAACGGAAUGGACGUUACCGGGAGAGCUACAAGACUGAGCGCGAACGUGAGCGACGAGACCACGGUUACGAGUACCCACAAAGAGCGCGCCAUCGCGAUCUUCACGAUCGAGGUCGUCGUUGACAGGACCGACAUCCAACGAUGUCAAUUGUACUGAGUAACUGCGAACUACAUUCUCACAAUUUUGAAAUCCUUAUAUUCACACGAGCAGUUACGUCCACGUUUGUAGAGCAUCACUAAAUAUACUGUAGGGCCUAAUUUAUAUAUGAAAGGAACAUGCCGCAAUAUUCUGUAGUAUGGGAUGUAUUUCUGGAGAAUAAAGCCAGUUCCAAGUGUACACAGUAGGAGAUUUCAGUGAUGAUGGUAUGUUACGCGCAAGUGCAUAAGGAGGUUACGCUGUAUGGGCUUCGCAGGCUUUGGAAGUUUAAGUGGGUACCUAUGGAGGUACCGGUAGGUAUUGGAUAACUGCUGACGAUGCUGAAGACGGUUUAUGACAGCGAGUAUGAUUUGCUAUUGUCCAAAGCUAUGCGUAGCAAAAAUUCGAGUUGAUAAAAAAGACACGUUGUAAUCUAAGGGUGGCAAUGUGACUAUCUGCAGGAUAACAGACUUUGAAAAAUCUAUAACAUCGAGUUAAUCACCGUGAUGAUCUCCAAAGC